GUUUUUAUGAAUGUAUAAUUUAUACAUUACUUUACUUGUUAAAAAUUCUGGAACGACUUCGGUUAAUAUUGGCAACAUGUUUGGCCAAUGGGUUUAGGUGUGAAUUGUGUAAUCACAGUUGCUUUGUACAAUCAACGAUUAUGAUGACGUCUGCUGUAUAUUCAAUUUUGUAGUUUUGAUCACCUGAUGUGAGCGAUGUGUGGUGUGUGAUGAAGAUUGUGCUUUUUCAUUUUAGACUAUUUUGACUAUGCCGCAGCGAGAAAUAAUCUAAGUUGUAUACGUUUAAAACACGAUAAGAGUUGCAUGUACUUCAUGGUGGAGGAAGGUUAGCGUAUGAGAGGAAAGUAGUAGAGUAAUGCUGAGUAAUGGGCACCAAGAAGAACCCAUCUCAAAGCAAAACUAAAGUCUCUAACAGUAACUUCAGAAAGGGCCAAGGAUAUUUGUCACGUGCUCACAAUGAGGCUGGUUCCUCAUCUGAUGACAGGACUGAUCGCACGGAAUUUCAUAACUUGACUAAAGAACAGCUUAAAGCAGAAUUGAAGAAACGUGGCUUGAAAGUGCAUGGGAGUAAAGCGGACUUGUUGCAGAGACUGAAUAACACUAUGCCUACAACACUUAAAAGGAAACCCGAAGGAUCAACCAGGCAUUCAAAUGGUGAAAGUACCUCCCUUAGAGAGGUUUUUACAAGUAGAGAAGAGGAAGUACUAGAUAGAAAAAAAUUGGUACUUUGGCGGCAGCCUUUUAGGACAUCAAAGUAUUUUCUUCAGGAAUUGAUAGUUGAUCUUCAGUAUUACGGUUCAAAGUUGCUGUAUCAUCGGACAACUGUUGCUGCAUGUAUUGUGCUUCUAGUUUUCUUCUUCAUGUUUUUCAAUACAGCUGGUCCCCAUCAGCAGUAUGUACAGGUGCUGCGGUCAAAGAUGGUAUGGUGCCUAUACUGGGUGGGGCUGGGAGUCUUGUCUUCUGUAGGCCUUGGCACAGGCCUGCAUACAUUCCUGCUCUACCUCGGCCCACACAUUGCGUCUGUUACCCUUGCAGCCUAUGAAUGUGGCAGCUUGAACUUCCCAGAGCCACCUUAUCCUGAUGAAAUCAUAUGCAGUGAUCACCCAGACCAACAGUGGAAGGCCAGCAUCUUGAAUAUCAUGGCAAAGGUGCGAUUGGAGGCAAUGAUGUGGGGUGCGGGCACAGCCCUAGGUGAGCUGCCUCCGUACUUCAUGGCACGUGCAGCUAGACUUUCUGGCUAUGAUCCUGAUGAUGAGGAUGAUUUAAAUGAAUUUGAAGAAUUGCAGCGCAAGAAGAAUGAUCCACAGCGGAUGACGACUCUUGAUGCUGCAAAGCUGUUCAUUGAAAGGAUGGUUGAGAAGGUUGGAUUUCUUGGGAUCUUAGCAUGUGCAUCAAUACCAAAUCCAUUAUUUGACUUAGCUGGAAUAACCUGUGGGCAUUUCUUAGUUCCUUUUUGGACGUUCUUUGGUGCUACACUGAUUGGGAAGGCUGUGAUAAAAAUGCACAUUCAGAAGAUGUUUGUGAUAAUUGCAUUUAAUGAAACACUGGUGGAGAAAGCAGUAAGCAUGUUAGCAUAUGUUCCUUACAUCGGUCCCAAACUCCAGGAACCCUUUAAAGAAUAUCUUGUAAAGCAGAAACUGAAACUACAUCGAAGAUCAGGAUCUCCUUUGCCAUCAGAAAGUAAUUUGCUGGCAUCCAUAUUUGAAAAAUUUGUUAUUGCAAUGGUUUUGUAUUUUAUCAUUUCCAUAAUAAACUCAUUAGCUCAGAGUUAUCACAAACGACUGCAUAAAAGAAGAAAACUUGGGAAACAAGCAUCUGAUUGACAGUGGUCACUCAAUAUAGCAAUUUCUUAUUGAUGGGGUAUGGUAUUAUAUGCAGUAUCUCAUUUCACGUAUCUGCUGCCAUACUGAUGGAAGUGGUGUGUGUGUGUGUGUGUGUGUGUGUGUGUGUGUGUGUAGCAAAUGAAACUUGACUUCAGCUUCCUCAAUGUGUAUAAUUAGUCAUUGUUAAGAUCCAAGUAGAUUGUUUUAUUUUUCUGAGAAUACAGUUCCUCAUGUUGCACACAGACUCAACAGUUUCUUGACUAAAGCCCAUAUUACGGUGUACUUGCAUAAAUUGGAACACAGGUCCUUUGCAUGAAGAAAGAGAGUAAUAGAGUAUUGACUUUCAUUUUGGUUUUUAAAUAAAAAGCCAAAUUUAACCUUUGUGUACCUAUUCCAUAGAAUAUUCAUUUACAUUGAAUUUAAAGAAAAUGUACUUCCCUUUAACAUUCCAUUAUAUAAUAAUUUUAAAACACUUUUGCAGUAUUAUUAUACCUUUCUUUCCUUGGUAUACAGUAACUUAAAGCCAAGUUAUAGUUUUGUAGUAUCUUAAAUACUUUCCUCUUAUUGGGUGAAUAAUUUUAGCUGUAAGAUUUCGUAAGAGCUAUAGAGACAAUAUUUCUUAAUAGGACCAGAAACUGCGUAGAUACAUUGAGGACAAGAAGUGUCAAGCUCCAUUUGUUAUUUAGUAAAGAUGGCCCUCAAAGUGAAAUGAUGGAAUGUUAUUUUGUUUAUAUUACCUAAUUGAAUUGUGGCUGAAUUUUGACUGAUCAUACAAGUUCAAAACAGUCUCUCUUUGUGUGUUUGUAUAUGAAUUCCGUAUUUCAAAUGCCAUCAAAUUUUCUGCCCAGGCUGUACUUGGUAAUAAUUCAUGUUUUUUUUUUUUUUUUUUU